CACCAUCUUAUUCAGUCAAGUGACCACUCUCUGAGCUCGAAAUGAACUUGAAAUCACUCGCCCUACUCCUCGCUGCCACUGCAGUCCCUCAGGUUGUAGUUGCAGGUCCACUUGGCUACGCUAUAUGUCAGACAGGAUGCAAUGGCUUGGCUGUCGCUUGCUACGCUGGUGCUGGGUUCACAUUUGGGGUCGCACUCCCUGCGGCACCUCCUGUGUUGAUAGCAUGUAAUACGGCCCUUGGGGGGUGUAUGGCGGCUUGUGCCGCGGUUGCGCUUGCACCCACUCUUUGAGUGAGUGCAAUCGUGAAUGUGGCGACGAGAACCCAC